GCGUGGCCAGAGCAGCGCGCGCCGGCCCCACCCCCGCGCCCCCCCUCAGGUGCAGCAAUGGUGACGUCAUCGCCACCCCACUGAUGUCAUCGUCUCCCUGCUGACGUCAUGGCGGUGCCGGGGGCGUGGCCGGCGCGGGGGGCGGAGCCCUCAGACAGCAGCCCCGAGCCCCCCUCCCCCUCCAGCUCCCGGCCCCCCCUGUCCGACUCCAGCCCCUCCCCCACCGAGACCACGGCUACCCCUUGUGGGCGGGGCCCAGGGGGCGUGGCCAGGGCUCGCCCCGCCCCUCCCAACCCAGGCGGGGUAGGGGGGGAGCGGCCCCUGGCGCUGUUUGAGGAGGAGCUGGCCACCCGUCCCCGCGUGCCGGCGCUGCUGCGCAGGAUGGCCCCGUACAGCGCCCUGAGCCCCGACAGCGACUGCGGCUCCGCCCCGCGUCGCGCCCUGGGCACCCUGCAGGGCGUGGUGGCGCCGUCGCUGCAGUCGCUGCUGGGGCUGGUGCUGCUGCUGCGCCUGCCCUGGGUCGUGGGACACGGCGGCGUCCUGGGGACAGCGGCCAUCGGCGUGCUCCUGGGGGCCUGUAUGCUGCUGACCGCCGUGUCCCUGAGCGCCGUGGCCACCAACGGGCUGGACCCUGGGGGCGGGGCGCUGUCGCUGCUGUCGGGGGCGCUGGGCCCCGAGGCCGGGGGGGCCGUGGGGGUCUGCGGCUUCCUGAGCGCCGCCUUCACCUGCGCGGCCGCCGCGCUGGGCGGGGCCGAGCUGCUGCUGGUGUACCUGAGUCCAGGCUGGGCGGUGCUACCGGGGCGUGGCCGCUGGGGCCGCCUCAACAACGGGCGUGGCUAUGGGGCGGGGCUGCUGGCGCUGCUGGGGGCGGGGUCUCUGGCCCCGCCCCGCGUUCGCGCCGUCGCCGCCCCCCUGGGCCCCGCGGGGCUGCUGCUGGCCCUGCUGGCCCUGCAGGCGGGGUCCCUGCGCCACGCCUUGCUCCCCGACCCCGCCCACGCGCUGUGCCUCCCCCCCCGGCCCGGGGACCCCCUCCAGCCCUGCGCCCCCCCCGCGCCCCCCAACACCUCCCGCGGUCCUCCCGGCCAGCAGGGGGCGCUGCCCGCCCUGCCCGGGCCCAGCGCGCGCCUCCUGGCACGGAACCUGUGGCCCCGCCCCCCGGAGGCGGGGCUGGGGGCGGGGCCUGAGCAGGAGGAGGGCGGGGCCGACGCCUCCUUUGGGGCCCUGCUGGGGCUGAGCCUCCCCUCGGCCGCCGGGGGGUUUUGGGGUUCAUUCUGA